AAAAAGAAAUAUUUCGAAAAUGGCGACUUCUACGUGAGAGAACUAGCGAGAGAAAUAGUGUUAAACAUGGUUUAUUUUGAUUCUUGGGAUGAAUUUGCGGCAGCAGUUGAACAAUUGUGUGUGGCUGAACCAAGAAAGUUCCGUUUUGUUGUUAAGUAUCGCCAUUGUGACGGGAAACUCGUCCUCAAAGGAACGGAUGACCAAGUGUGUUUAAAGUACAGAACAGAGCAACAACAGGACAUAAAAAAGCUAGAGAAACUGAACAGUGUUCUAAUGCGGCAUGCUGUUGCCAAAUGAAACACAAAGCUCUUCGACUUUAAUUUAUGAACAAUUCAACACGGAUACCCCAUGACAUUCAACCAGGAACAUUUUCUAACCAGAGGUGGAACCUGAGAAUGAGGAGGAUGGAGUGCAAUCUGAACCUAUGAUAUUGUUAAUUACUGCUUAUUAAUACCCUGAAUGCAGUUUAUAUAUUAUAUAUUUGCCCUAACUACGCUGUGAUUGGUUAAUGUCAAGCUUAACGUGAAAUACAUCUUAUUCUUG